AUGGGGAAUCAACCGUCCGUAAGCGGCGGUGAUCCCAGUCUCGGAGGUGGAGGAGGACCGCAUCACCCAAGCGGUAGCAGCCACGAUCCUCACACGCAACGCAAUAUUCCGGGAUCGUACCCGGGUCAGUAUCACCCACAAGGUGGCUUUAUGCCACCGAAUACUACUCCCACGCCCGAUCCUACGGUGCCGCUGUCGGCUGAUCAACAGCAACAAAAUGACGCGAUGCAACGAUCCGGCAGUGACGCUUCCAUGACAAUUUUGGAUGCCGACACCCCGCCGAGCGUUCCGUCGCAAUCGCAGCACGGGUCCGAGAUGGACAGUUGGUUGGACGAGGACGCGGUACCCACCGUCUUUCGGUGGGAACACGGAGGUCGUCAGGUCUACAUUACCGGCACGUUCAACGGAUGGAGCCGACAAAUUCCGAUGCAUCGAUCGGGUAACGACUUUACAUACAUUCACAAUCUCAAGCGCGGGAAACACGCGUUCAAAUUCAUUGUAGAUAACGAGUGGAGGUUUGCUCCGGAUCAACCGACCGUCGCCGAUAUUGAAGGGCGUGUGAACAAUUUCGUAGACGUGACAGAUUUCAAACCCUAUACGGGCGAUCGCGAAUUCGAGAGAGAAAAGGCGGCCGCCGAAUACGGCGCUCCCUUGGAAGCCGAAGACCAACAGGACGAGGACAAUGUCAACGUCGUCAGCACCAGCAUACCAAACGUCGACGGGCAGGCGUCUGGUAGUAAAGCCGAUCAAGAUGGCGAGGUCUUUUCCAAUACCAUGCCUGACGUGGACGAUUACACCAAGGAACCGCCGCCGCUCCCACCCCACCUGCGACACAUAAUCCUAAACAAACCACCCCAACUGCAGGAUACGGCUGCUUUGCCCGUUCCGCAGCACGUGGCUUUGAAUCAUUUGUACUGCACCGCCAUCAAAGACAACAUGAUGGUGUUGGGGAUUACGCAGCGAUACAAGACCAAGUUUGUUACCACGGUUUACUACUCACCGUGUUCGAGUAGCUAGGGUUGAUUUAACCUAUAGGAACGACCAAACUAC